AUGAUGGGAAAGAAGUUAUGGAAAGAGAAAAAUUGGAGGAAUGUGAGAAAGGUGAGGGAAGAAGGAGGGAGAAGGAGGAAAAGGAGGAAGGAAAGAGGGAGGGGGAGGAGAGAAGGGAAAGAGGGAAGAAAGGAGGAGAAAAAAGAGAGAGGGGGAGAAGAAAAGGGAAAGAAAAAAGAGAGGAGAGAGAAAAGAGAGGGAAGGGGAAAAGGAGAAAGGAGGGGAGGAAAGGGGGGGGAGAGGAGAGAGAGAAAAAAGGGGGGAAAAUGGGAGAGAGAGAGAAAAAGAGGAGAAAGAGAGAGGAAAGGGAAGGGGAGAGGAAAAGAAAAAAAAGGGGGAGAAAAGGGAAGAGAGAAAAAGGAGAAGAGAAAGAAAAGGGGGAAAGGAAAGAAGGGGAAGAAAAGAAAAGAAAAGAAGAAGAAGAAGAGAAAAGAGGGGGAAGGAGGGGAGGAAAAGAGAAAGAGGAGAGAAAAGGGAAAGGGAGAGGGGGGGAGAGAGAGAGGGGGAGAAAAGAGAGGGGAGAAGAAAAGGGGAGAGAAAAGAAGGGGUGGAGAAGAAAGAAAGGGGAGAAAAAAAGAGGGGAGAAGAGGAAGGGAAAGAGAAGGGAAAAAGGAGAGGGGAGGAAAAGAAAGGGAGAAAAAAGGGAGGAGGGAGAAAGAGGGAAAGGAAAGGAGAGGAGAGAGGGAAAAGAGAAAGGAAGGAAAAGGGAAGGAGAAGAAAGAAAAGGAGAGAAAAGGAGAGAAAGAGAAGAGGGGAAGGGGAAAAGAGGGGGGAGAAGGAGAGGAGAGGAGGAAAAAAGGAAGAGGAAAGGAAAAGGGGGAGGAGAAGAGGGGGAGAAAGAAGGAGAGGAAAAAGGAAGAAAAGGAGAGGGGGAGAGAAAGAAGGGAAAGGGAAAGGAAGGAGAAGGAGAGGGGAAGAAAAAAGAAGGAGAGGAAAGGAGAAGGAAGGGAGAAGGAAGGAGGAGGGAAAGAAAAAGAAAAGGGAAAGGAG